AUGAUUUUAAAGGGAAUGAGUCACGGCGAUGUGCGCAUAUUUCAUUCUUUCGAGAUCGAUCGGCGGUGUAGCUUCCACGGCCCCCGGAUUGGCUGUCUCUUUGUGCGUGGCUUGGGUGACGACAAACCCGAUCCUUUCUUGUCUAACCCUACUAGUAAUACCGACAGUGCCCCUUUCGUCCCACUGUUUCUUGGAGGCGGCCAAGAGUGCGGAUUUCGCUCUGGCACUGAAAAUACGCCAAUGAUUGCCGGUUUGGGAGAGGCCGCCAAGCUCAUCUCUGCCAACUUGACCGCGUAUGCGAAACACAUGCUGCAGAUGCGUCAGUUCCUAGAACAACAACUGCGAGAGGCCUUUCCAUCCACCGACCCCAACAGUGUGUGUAUCUUCGGUUUGGAUCGAUGCCAGGCGGCUGAAGCCAACUCGUCGCCGCGGUCGGAUUCCACAUCUCCACUGCGCGAACGUUUUCCCCGUCUGCCGAACACUGUCAAUAUAACGUUUAGGGGACCGCCAUUUUUGAACAGUCGAUCUAUACUUGCUCUUUGCCCCAACCUCCUUGCGAGUCGAGGUGCUGCAUGUCAUUCGGGACUCGAAAAUUCCAGUGUUCUCCAUGCCGUGGGAUACACACUUAAGGAAUCUUCGUCGGCCAUUCGUCUAAGCGUUGGACGGUAUACCACGAAAGAUGAGAUCCUUGAAGCGGUCGCGUCUAUUCGGAACGCCGUCUCUAUGUUACGCUCGACAGAAAAUUCCACCUAUUAGAUCCUCGUCUUUUUGUACUCCCCGCAUAUAUGUACAGCCCCCUUCGUCCUUCUGUUUCAGUAUUGCACCGUAUCUCAUCCAUAGAUGAAGUAUUUUUAUCAUUGGCAUGAUUUACCUACGUGCAUUUAUAUAAUUCACAAAUGAAACCUAUUCC